UGUACUUUUAAUUAUUAUUUUAUUUAAACAUACGAAUUAAUUGUAUUCUUUAAAAAUGUAUCAAAUAUAUAUUUUAUGGUAACUAUCCCUCAGAAUAUAUGUAUAUGUGCGAAAUUGAAGACGCUUCAGUUAAGUGAGGGUACCGGUGUGUUAGAUGUUUAAUUCAGCACCGGCAUUGCGUGACAGUUGUUUGAAUAACAAGUGGUUUGUUUUUAAAACCACACCUUUUAAACUUUAGGUUCAAAGAAUCAUAGUAGGAGUCAUUAAUAAUAAUUUAAAGGAAAUCCAGCAGAAAUCGAAGCCAACAUGUCUGGAGAAGUGCGUUUGCGGCAGUUGGAGCAGUUUAUUUUGGAUGGGCCGGCUCAGACCAAUGGGCAGUGCUUCAGUGUGGAAACGUUAUUGGAUAUACUCAUCUGCCUUUAUGAUGAAUGCAAUAAUUCUCCGCUGAGAAGAGAGAAGAAUAUUCUUGAAUACCUAGAAUGGGCUAAACCAUUUACUUCUAAAGUGAAACAGAUGCGGUUACAUAGAGAAGACUUUGAAAUAUUAAAGGUGAUUGGCCGAGGAGCUUUUGGAGAGGUUGCUGUAGUAAAACUAAAAAAUGCAGACAAAGUAUUUGCCAUGAAAAUAUUGAAUAAAUGGGAAAUGCUGAAAAGAGCAGAGACAGCAUGUUUUCGUGAAGAAAGAGAUGUGUUAGUGAAUGGAGACAAUAAAUGGAUUACAACUUUGCACUACGCUUUCCAGGAUGACAAUAACUUAUAUCUGGUUAUGGAUUAUUAUGUUGGCGGGGAUUUGCUUACUCUGCUCAGCAAAUUUGAAGAUAGAUUGCCCGAAGAUAUGGCUCGAUUUUACUUGGCUGAGAUGGUGAUAGCAAUUGAUUCUGUUCAUCAGCUGCAUUAUGUGCACAGAGACAUCAAACCUGACAAUAUAUUGAUGGAUAUGAAUGGACAUAUUCGGUUAGCAGAUUUUGGUUCUUGUCUAAAACUGAUGGAAGAUGGAACUGUCCAGUCCUCAGUGGCUGUUGGAACCCCAGAUUAUAUCUCUCCUGAAAUCCUUCAAGCCAUGGAAGACGGAAAAGGCAGAUACGGCCCCGAGUGCGACUGGUGGUCUUUGGGGGUCUGCAUGUAUGAGAUGCUUUACGGAGAGACACCGUUUUAUGCAGAAUCUCUGGUGGAGACGUAUGGAAAAAUCAUGAAUCACAAAGAAAGGUUUCAGUUUCCGGCUCAAGUGACUGAUGUGUCUGAAAAUGCUAAGGAUCUUAUUCGAAGGCUCAUUUGUAGCAGAGAACAUCGACUUGGUCAAAAUGGAAUAGAAGACUUUAAGAAACACCCCUUUUUCAGUGGAAUUGACUGGGAUAAUAUUCGAAACUGUGAAGCACCUUAUAUUCCAGAAGUUAGUAGCCCAACAGAUACAUCGAAUUUUGAUGUGGAUGACGAUUGUUUAAAGAAUACUGAAACGAUGCCCCCACCAACACACACGGCAUUUUCUGGCCACCACCUGCCAUUUGUUGGUUUUACCUAUACCAGUAGCUGUGUUCUUUCUGAUCGAAGCUGUUUAAGAGUUACAGCUGGACCUGCUUCACUGGAUCUUGAUGCUAACGUUCAAAGGACUCUAGAUAACAACUUAGCAACUGAAGCUUAUGAAAGGAGAAUUAAACGCCUUGAACAGGAAAAGCUUGAACUUAGUAGAAAACUUCAAGAGUCCACACAGACUGUCCAAGCUCUGCAGUAUUCAACUGUUGAUGGCCCACUCACAGCAAGCAAAGAUUUAGAAAUAAAAAAUUUAAAAGAAGAAAUUGAAAAACUAAGGAAACAAGUAAGAGAAUCAAGUCACUUGGAACAACAACUUGAAGAAGCUAAUUCAGUGAGGCGGGAACUAGAUGAUGCUUUUAGACAAAUCAAGGCUUAUGAAAAACAAAUCAAAACAUUACAACAGGAAAGGGAAGAAUUAAAUAAGGAACUAGUCCAGGCUAGUGAGCGAUUAAAAAACCAAUCCAAAGAGCUGAAAGACGCACACUGUCAGAGGAAACUGGCCAUGCAGGAGUUCAUGGAGAUCAAUGAGCGGCUCACAGAAUUGCACACCCAGAAACAGAAACUUGCUCGCCAUGUCCGAGAUAAGGAAGAAGAGGUGGACCUGGUGAUGCAAAAAGUUGAAAGCUUAAGGCAAGAACUGCGCAGAACAGAGAGAGCCAGGAAAGAGCUGGAAGUUCAUACAGAAGCUAUCGCUGCUGAAGCAUCUAAAGACAGGAAAUUGCGUGAACAGAGCGAACACUAUUCUAAGCAACUGGAAAAUGAAUUGGAGGGACUGAAGCAAAAACAAAUUAGUUACUCACCAGGAGUAUACAGCAUAGAACAUCAGCAAGAGAUAACUAAACUAAAGACAGAUUUGGAAAAGAAAAGUAUCUUUUAUGAAGAAGAAUUAUCCAAAAGAGAAGGCAUACAUGCAAAUGAAAUUAAAAAUCUGAAGAAAGAACUACAUGAUUCAGAAGGCCAGCAACUUGCUCUGAACAAAGAAAUUAUGAUUUUGAAAGACAAAUUGGAAAAAAACAGGAGAGAGAGUCAAAGUGAAAGGGAAGAAUUUGAAAAUGAAUUCAAACAACAGUAUGAACGAGAAAAGGUGUUAUUAACUGAAGAAAAUAAAAAACUGACGAGUGAACUUGAUAAGCUAACCGCUCUGUAUGAGAGCUUAAGCAUGCGCAACCAGCAGUUGGAAGAAGAGGUGAAAGAUCUGGCAGACAAGAAAGAAUCAGUUGCACAUUGGGAAGCCCAAAUCACGGAAAUAAUUCAGUGGGUCAGCGAUGAAAAGGAUGCCCGAGGGUAUCUUCAGGCCUUGGCCUCUAAAAUGACCGAAGAGUUAGAAGCAUUACGAAAUUCCAGCUUGGGCACGCGAGCAACAGAUAUGCCCUGGAAAAUGCGUCGUUUUGCGAAACUGGAUAUGUCAGCACGACUGGAGCUACAGUCAGCUCUCGACGCAGAAAUAAGAGCCAAACAGGCCAUCCAAGAAGAGCUGAAUAAAGUUAAAGCAUCUAAUAUCAUAACAGAAUGUAAACUAAAAGAUUCAGAGAAGAAGAACUUGGAACUACUCUCAGAAAUCGAACAACUGAUAAAGGACACUGAAGAACUUAGAUCUGAAAAGGGUAUAGAGCACCAAGACUCACAGCAUUCUUUCUUGGCAUUUUUGAAUACGCCUACCGAUGCUCUGGAUCAAUUUGAACGCUCUCCGUCCUGUGCUCCAGCUAGCAAAGGCAGACGUACUGUAGAUAGUGCUCCACUUCCAGUUCACACACCAACCUUAAAGAAAAAGGCAUGCCCUGGCUCUGCUGGCGUUCCACCUAAGCGCAAGACUCAUCAGUUUUUUGUCAAAUCUUUCACGGCUCCUACCAAAUGUCACCAGUGCACCUCUUUGAUGGUGGGCUUGAUAAGACAGGGCUGUUCCUGCGAAGUGUGUGGAUUCUCAUGUCAUAUAACUUGUGUCAACAAAGCUCCCACCACGUGUCCGGUUCCUCCUGAGCAGACCAAAGGUCCCCUGGGUAUAGAUCCUCAGAAAGGAAUAGGCACAGCAUAUGAAGGUCAUGUCCGGAUCCCUAAGCCCGCUGGGGUGAAGAAAGGAUGGCAGAGAGCGCUGGCUGUGGUCUGUGACUUCAAACUCUUUCUGUACGACGUUGCUGAGGGAAAAGCAUCUCAGCCCAGCGUGGUCGUCAGUCAGGUGAUCGACAUGAGGGAUGAAGAAUUUUCUGUGAGUUCAGUCUUGGCUUCUGAUGUUAUUCAUGCAAGUCGGAAAGAUAUACCCUGUAUCUUUAGAGUCACAACCUCCCAGCUCUCGGCGCCGAACAACAAGUGUUCGGUCCUGAUGCUGGCAGACAGCGAGAGCGAGAAGAGCAAGUGGGUGGGCGUGCUGAGUGAGCUGCACCGGAUCCUGAAGAAGAACAAGUUCCGAGAUCGCUCAGUGUACGUCCCGAAAGAGGCCUAUGACAGCACUCUGCCGCUCAUCAAAACCACCCAGGCUGCUGCAAUCAUAGAUCAUGAAAGGAUAGCUUUGGGAAAUGAAGAAGGUUUAUUUGUUGUGCAUGUCACCAAAGAUGAAAUUAUUAGAGUGGGUGACAAUAAGAAGAUUCAUCAGAUUGAGCUCAUUCCACAUGAUCAGCUCGUUGCUGUGAUCUCAGGACGAAACCGUCACGUACGACUUUUCCCUAUGUCAGCCCUGGACGGACGAGAGACGGAUUUUUAUAAGCUGGCAGAGACGAAGGGGUGUCAGACCAUAACGUCUGGGAAGGUGCGCCAUGGAGCUGUUACGUGCCUGUGUGUGGCCAUGAAAAGGCAGGUCCUGUGUUAUGAACUAUUUCAGAGCAAGACCCGUCACAGGAAAUUUAAGGAAAUUCAAGUCCCGUAUAAUGUCCAGUGGAUGGCAAUCUUCAGUGAGCACCUCUGUGUGGGAUUCCAGUCGGGAUUUCUGAGAUACCCCCUGAACGGAGAGGGAAGCCCGCACAGCAUGCUCCACUCGAGUGACCACACGCUGUCGUUCAUUGCGCACCAGCCCACGGACGCCAUCUGCGCGGUGGAGAUCUCCAGUAAAGAGUACCUGCUGUGUUUUAGCAGCAUCGGGAUAUACACGGACUGCCAGGGCCGCAGGUCUAGGCAGCAGGAACUGAUGUGGCCGGCAAACCCCUCCUCCUGUUGUUACAACGCACCCUAUCUCUCAGUGUAUAGUGAAAACGCAGUUGACAUCUUUGAUGUGAACUCCAUGGAAUGGAUUCAGACUCUUCCACUCAAAAAGGCUCGACCUUUAAACAGUGAAGGAUCAUUAAAUCUUUUAGGCCUGGAGACAAUUAGAUUAAUAUAUUUCAAAAACAAGAUGGCAGAAGGGGAUGAACUGGUGGUCCCUGAAACCACAGAUAAUAGUCGGAAACAAAUGGUUAGAAAUAUUAACAACAAGCGGCGUUACUCCUUCAGAGUCCCAGAAGAGGAAAGGAUGCAACAGAGAAGAGAGAUGCUGCGAGAUCCUGAAAUGAGAAAUAAAUUAAUUUCUAACCCAACUAAUUUUAACCACAUAGCACACAUGGGUCCAGGAGAUGGAAUACAGAUCCUAAAAGACUUGCCCAUGCCAGGCUUCCCUUAUCCAUCCCCUCAUCUUCACUCCGGUCUGAUCUCCUCUCCGAUCAACUUUGAGCACAUCUAUCACAUGACUGUUAAUUCCGCUGAAAAAUUUCUCUCUCCUGAUUCCAUAAACCCUGAAUACCCCCCGUCUCUGCGCUCUGUCCCCGGUACACCCAGCCUUAGGACUCCGAGGAACCCUCGGCCUCAGGAAAGUCGGACAGUAUUCAGUGGCUCGGUCAGUAUUCCUUCGAUCACCAAGUCCCGCCCGGAACCUGGCCGCUCCAUGAGCGCCAGCAGCGGCCUGUCGGCAAGGUCAUCGGCACAGAACGGCAGCGCGUUAAAGCGGGAGUUCUCUGGAGGAAGCUACAGCGCGAAGCGGCAGCCCCUGCCCUCCCCGUCCGAGGGCUCACUGUCCUCCGGAGGUGUGGACCAAGGAAGUGACGCCCCGGCCAGAGACUAUGACGCAGAGGACUCUGAUUCCCCGAGGCAUUCCACAGCUUCCAACAGUUCCAACCUGAGCAGCCCCCCCAGCCCGGUGUCGCCGCGGAAGACCAAGAGCCUCUCUUUGGAGAGCACGGACCGCGGGACCUGGGACCCGUGAGCCCCUCGGCCCUCACACCAGACCAGAGCCGCUUCACUCUUAGCUGCCCGCCCCCUCCUCUCACUCCCGUCUCCCCCUCCCCCCUUCCUGGACACGCCAGCCUGGCGCAGCGGAGCUGGGGCCAGAGCCCUGCCGGCGUGACGCCCGGGCCCUGGCCCUCCGCGCCACGGCAGCCACCAUAAAGGCAGACGUCCACGGAACAGCUUAGAUUGAUACUGAUUUCAUUUCAUACACUUAGAGUUGCUUUCUAUCAUAUUUUACCCCUCCCCCCAACGGUAGCUUAGGUAGACAGAUUACACAAAGUUGUAAGCGCUAAGAUAGGGUUAGACAGACUUGGUUUGCGCAGUAGCGUUCCAGUGUAGUCCCCAGACAGCGCACGGGCUCCCCGGCGGGUCCUGGGGCCGCCGCCAGGCUCCGCUGGGCACCCACAGUGCGUGUCGACCUGAUCGUUGCCAGUCAGUCCUUAUUAACGCAAACAAUGCAUAUUUUACUACAAUGCAGAGUUUAAAGUACACAAAUGUAGAGGUUAAAUACUGAAUGUAUAUAGUGAAAAGAAGCAUCUUGUAUUCAGUGAAAGAUGGAUGCAUAUAUAAGAGAGCAUUUAAUUUAAAGAAGUGUGUUGUUUCUUGUCUGUUUCCCAGCUCAGUAAUUUAAAGAGUAGAAAGGCCUCGCGCUGCCGGUGCGGAGGGAGAGCGAGAGGAAUCAGGGUUCCCUUUAGUGCUGCGUCCUCGCGCUGGGAGCGGUCGGAAAACGUACAGACUUCGGCUUCAUGGGGUUGGCGUGCGACCCGGGCACCAAACUUGUAACAUUUGAAGCCUCUUCAGCAGCAUCAUCAAAAGGCAGAUUUCCUUCUAUCCAGGACCUUUUUUCCCUAGUAGAAUUGAGCCACACUUCUCAUGUUUGAUAUUGUGGUACCUUCUGCAGAUGGAUGUAGGAAUGCAGUUUUGUCACCUUCUGAUCCCUUCCAUCUGACACAGGGACGGCGGUGGCUUCUGAAGGGCCGUGAGAGGGUCACAGGGGUGCUUGUUCUUUCUGGGCUAAUCCCGUCCCUCCUGAGUGGCAGUGAGGUGUCUCCCCCAGCUGGGCCGGCUUCUCAGGGAGGAGUCUGUUUUGAGUGUGGUGCCAGCUUCCUCAGAUAAGCCUGGGAAAGGGGUUUAAUUACCAAAUAAUAGAAAACCUCAGAUGCAAGGACUUGAACAGCCUUAACCAAAUAUUCUCUCCCACACCCAGCGGGUAACGAAGUGCUCCCAGGGCACGGGCAGGAAGUGCGCCCCGCGUGGGCAGCUUGCCACCUUGACCGGAUGAGUUUUCCCCCUCGUUUGCUACAUUGUGUUGUUAGUCAUAUUUCCGUUUGAACCCCUGCUGUUUUAAUUACCACGAGGAAAUGAGAUGCAGAACCAGGACUUUUUUCUUCCGGUCAUUUCACCAGUUAAGCACAUAAGUAAAGAAAGAGAUAGAAAUAAACGUAUCUCAUGGAAGUAACGCGAAUUCUCCUCUUUUUCUUUUUAUCUAAAUUUGAGCACUAGAAACAGGGUUUUUUCCUCUCUCCUCCGAACUUCAGCUCGAGUGGGAGAGCUGUGGGUGGGGCGCUGCCGCCCGCCCUGAGUCCUCGCGGGGCCGAGCCGGGUCCAAGCUGAUGCUGCUCGGUGGGGAGGCCCCUGACGCUCAGGGACGGAAGAACGGAUCCUGUUUGGGGAUUAUAUUGCAAAAGGUUACUGUAGAGCAGUUAAAAAUAAUGUCAAGCUUUGACAUUUAGACGCUCUGGGCCAGGCACUCGCUCAGAUGUGACCGUUGCGCUGCGGGUGGGCCUGACUGACUGCAGUUCUCGUCUCCUGAACCCUUGGCUUUGGGAGAAGAAGUGUCAUACAAGACUGUUUUGUGCCCCCGGCAUCCAGGGUUGGGCCUCGAGCUGGGCUGUUGCCGUGUGGCUCUGGUAGCUCCUUACACUUGGCGUUUCCCAGGAGAGGGGGGAGCCGCCGCCUGCCAGGGGCCGAGCGCCUGGCCGGCUGCCCCUCUCCUGCCGACCCGCCCAUUCCCCUUCCCUCCUCCUCCCGCUUCCCUUCACGAGGACUCCUGGGUCUCUGUGCUAAGUCAUUAUUUAUCUCUGGCAACUAAGUGAAUUUAUUGCCUGUAGGUGCUUGCUUUUUAAUGGAUGCUUUUAGGAUCAACUAUAACCCUGCCUGACGUCCGGACUCCACUACAGUGAGCCGGACCCUUCAGCCGCCCAACAGGGCAGGGAGAGCGAGCCUGCUCCGGCUGCUGGGCCCCAGGGCGGCACUUCCACGUUGGCCCAGUGGGGGCAGCCCAGCCUCCGGGGUUUUCCGUCACCAUCGUCAGUGGUCUUACUGGUCCCAGGAGAGCAGUCCCAGAUAUGGGUAGGUUCUAACAGCAGGGCUCGGGAAGAAAGCCCGACAGGGGUAACAGUUCCAGGGGUUCCCAAGGGAACGGCCAUCCUGCUGGCCUUAUCCCCAGCAUGAAGCAGGCACCGUCAGGGGCUUCUGGGAAGAAUGACUUGAGAAGGUGGGGACGAGUGCCAGGGAACAGGAACCGGUGACCAUCUGAAGCGGCAGCAGCCGUGGCGCAGGCUUCUGUGCUGAGGUCAGCCCUUGUUUUGUGGAGAACGUUUUAAGAACGUCUGUGGCAGCAGGAACUCAGUUCUCAGCAGAAAGGAAAAAUAAAUGAGAUUUCUGACAUAGUCCGUGUUGGUACUUGGUGCUAUCUACGUCCAGCCAAUUUGUUGUCGACCCUUGAAUUCUGAUUAAUUUAAUCUUGUCGUGUGCUUUGGGUGUAUGAAGUUAUAUAUAUAUAUACACACAUAUAUAUUUUCUUUUUACCAAAAACGGAAGCCUGCCUUCUUAUCAAAUGGUUAUUAAAGUAUAUUUUAUUUCUUUAAUUAUGUGUAUACACACACACCCUCCUAGCUUAGUGAUUUGUUUUCCCAGGGAGCACAGUUGUAAGGCUAACGAGCUACAACUAAAAAGGUCCAUCUCGAGUUUCCCAGUCAGUUCUCGUACCCAAGCUUCAGGGAAGAAUCUGAAAUUCCUAUUAUGUUUACAGCCACAAUCUGUCAUUCCCCGGUUGGCUCUCAGCCUUCCUCUGCUUCCCCUAUCAUUAGAAUCCUGUCUUUCUGUUACCUAGCAGCCACAUCUACGUCUGUGAAAGACCCGCUGGCACUGGUAUGGUCUCAGGUAUCGUAGAGAAAAGCCAGAGCAGGGCCAGGUGGACACCCCAAAGCCCCACGUACAGCGGGGCCUGCCUUCGGCAGUGACCACACACUGUGGUCCCAGCUGCACGGGGCCUUGGGACGUCACCGUCCGCUUUCUGGACAGAGUGGCGCGCUCGGCAGCAGUCAGACUUUGCCACUGUCCAGUUCCACGGGGCACAACAGGGAAAUAAGGGGCACUUCGCUCACCACCUCCCCAGGCCCAGCCCCUCACAGCAUUUCCGAGAGCUCCUCUCUGAAACCUCUUUCCUUAUCGUGACCUCAGUUGUCACUCAAGCCCAGUGUGCAAGUCCGGAGCUCUGUCCCCCAGGUCAGCACUGGCAGGCAGGCCGGGUUCUCAUCCUUCCCAGGGACAGCCAUGGCACACAAACUGUCCCCGUUCAGGGGGGCGGGGGGCUGGACUAACAAAAGCAAAUCAACCCUGAAAUUUCAUGAAAACAAAGUGACCUGCCUUUUUAUUUCAUAGUGUAAUAAUAUCAUUUGUUUCAUAAAUUUUUUAGGGUCUUUUCUCAUUGUAAUAUUAUUGUACAGUUUUGCAUGGCCUAGGUGUAAUCAUUUUUUUGUUUAGAGUAAUAAUGCUGACAAAUAAUGUGCGUAUGGAAGGGGAAAAGAUACUGCUUUGGCCUUUGAUCACUUCCUCAUUUCAUUUUGUUUGGUUUUCUGCCCUCAGUGUCUUAGGGAAGUUUAUAAGAGAUUCUCUGCUACCAAACAGUGGUGUGGAUUCUUUUGCACAGAGAUAUUUAAGGUGGGAUAGUAAAAAAUGUAACAAAAGACUCCUCGCCAAUAUUUUAUGUCGGUAUCAAUAUUAACCGGACUUUGAUGUAUUGCAAUAAAACAGGGAACUGUUAGAAUUGAGUAUU